CUAGGCACAGUCGGGGUCACCUAUAUUUACGGGUCCGGAUGAAAAAUAUCCGAUACCGACUAAUCUAUCACUGACCCAGCAAUAGUGUACAUUCGCAGUCGAAUUGAUCGGAGCUUUUGAAAUAAUGCCUUCAAACAACAACAGAAAAAGGAAGAAGAGGGAGCGACCCACGAUUCACCCCAAAAACAAGUACUCCGAUAACCCACCCGACUUCGCUCUCUUAGCUUCUCUUUACCCGUCAUUCCAACCCUAUGUUUUCUACUCCCGCAAUGGUCGACCCACCAUCGACUGGACGGACUUUAACGCCACCCGAGAACUCACCCGGGUCUUGCUCCUCCACGACCACGGCCUCAAAUGGUGGAUUCCUGAUGGGCAGCUAUGCCCUACAGUGCCAAAUAGAUCCAAUUACAUACACUGGAUUGAAGAUCUUCUCUUGUCUGAAAUCAUCCCAAAGACUAAUGCAAGUGGAGAUAAUGUAAGGGGUUUUGAUAUAGGAACUGGGGCUAACUGCAUAUACCCUCUUCUUGGUGCUUCUCUACUGGGAUGGAGUUUUGUUGGGUCAGACAUUACCGAUGUAGCAUUAGAGUGGGCAGAAAGAAAUGUGAAGGAUAAUCCACACAUUUCAGAAUUAAUUGAAAUUAGAAAAGUUGAAAGGGGCAAUGAUACCCUUUCAGUGGAAAAUUCGCAUGAUGGAAAAUCUCAUUGUUGUGAAAGCAAACUAGAUUUGACUGAGAAUGUAGGUAUUGAAGGCAAACCUUUCUCCUCUUCAUAUGAUCUUCGUGCUGGUGUCAACAAGAGUUAUUAUGGACCACCUGUCCUUCUUGGUGUGGUAAAGGAUGGUGAAAAGUUUGAUUUCUGCAUGUGUAAUCCUCCAUUUUUUGAGACCAUAGAGGAAGCAGGACUAAAUCCCAAAACUUCAUGCGGUGGGACCCCAGAAGAGAUGGUUUGUCCUGGUGGAGAAAUGGCUUUUAUCACUCGUAUUAUUGAAGAUAGCUCCAUAUUGAAGCAUACUUUUCGAUGGUACACUACAAUGCUCGGUAGAAAAUUGAACCUUAAAUUCCUAAUAUCAAAGCUAUGGGAGGUGGGAGUUACCAUUGUUAAAACAACUGAAUUUGUCCAAGGUCAAACAUGUCGUUGGGGGCUGGCUUGGUCUUUUGUGCCACCUGCCAGGAAGAUAAUCUCACCUCAUGUUGCUGAGAAGAAUAACCUUUCUUUCAUGCUUGAGGGUAUUGAACGCCAAUACAGUGCCAUAAAUGUAUUGGAAUCUAUCAAGUCUUUCUUCUGCACCAGUGGAGCAUCAUGUAACCUGAAUACCUCCUUGUUUACCGUCGAUAUCACUGCUUCAAACGAUCACUAUAAGGCAAUCCUAAAGAGUGAGGAACCACAUUGUGAUAGAGCUGCUAGCUGUGAAGAUGUGCAAGAUACAUCCAUAACUUCAAGCUGCUUGAACCUGCCCAAGGAUAAGCUGUGUUUUCGAAUCUCGGUCUUUCAGCAAACGCCUGGCACACUUCUGGUUAGAGGCUCACUAAAACAAGCAGAUAGUAAAAUUUCAGGAGCAUUCUCAUUGAUAUUGAAGCGGUUAGAGGAAGUUUUGAGACAUAAAUUUUGUAGAGAAAAGACCACUGUAUAUCCUUCCUAGUUUACCAGCAACGGAGGACCAAAAAGGAAGUAAAGAGAAAUAGAAAGAAAAGUAAACCAGCAUUGGAUUUGUUAGUUUGCCUUUCAGUGCAUAUAUAGGGACAGCAUGCCAAGGGGCUUUGCCGUCAAAAUGUUAGAUCACAAAAUGUUAGAUACUGGGCAGUAGUAGAUGCUGUUUGUAAUUUAAUUUCUUUGUGUAUUCAUAAUAUGAUCAGUUUACAAUCAUCUUUGGCUUGUUGAUCUUACUGAUUUUGCUCUUAUCCACUUUGAAAAUUAUGAAUUUAUUCUCAUUUCAUCA